AUGUGCUUCAGUAUUGCUGCUGCUGGAGGCAUCUGGUAUUUUGGAUUUGGAAAGUACGCAGAUGUUUAGUUCUUUGCUAACUAUUCUUUAGUGGGCGAUCGUUGGACGAAAAAAUAGAGAAAUACUUUGGGAAGCCGUCGGAAGUAAUCGACUUCUUUCCCCAAAUACUUUUACUUUAAGCAGAAAUGUGUUAAGAAAGUUGAUUGUUUGUCCCCUUCUGUAGGGGAAGAAAUAGAGGAGACAACUGGUAAUGUCGACGCCCCAACCAAGCCCAAGAACAGUUUUCGAACACGCAAGGUAGGACACCCUAUCCUUUAAAUCCAGUCUCAUAAUAAAGCGUUCAGCAAAGCCUCUUCAUCAGGAUGUAGAAUUUGCAACCAAUCUUAAAAACUAGACCUCCAAGCAUCCCAAAACCAAGAUCGGGGGCCAAUUCGAAAUACAAGUCUUGUUAAGAACCAGGAAGAUAAAUGCACCUAACGCUCUAGAUUGGGAAACCAUUCUUUGAUCUUUAAUCCCUCCUUAGAUAUACCAUCUGCAUUCUUGUUUGUGUUCCCCAGGUUUGAAACCUCUAUUAUAACCUUAACCACCUAUGUGACGUUCGUCCCUAUAUUCGGGCCUGUUGUUCUCACUAGGACGGUUAUUUAUACUUUGUCGCGGAAUGUUUCGUUAAAUAGUCAUCGCAUACUCGACAAACUUCAUUAGUUUUUAUGCUUUCGCCCUCCUGAUUGAAUGUUUUUUGGCGUCCGGGAUUGCUCACGUUUUACCUUUUAAAUCUCGAGUUUGUCUCACAUCCGUAUUUCUUAGUCUCAGUCAGUUUUGAUCUCUUAGACUACCAUUUUAUAAACAAUAGCUUUUUAGGCCAUUAAAAAAGUGAACCCUAUUUGGUUAAGGGUUGCAAUAUCUGUUAUUUGCCUUUCGCUUCCGGAUAAUACAUGAAACUAUUCGAGUACACGUAUUUCCUAACUAAGUAACCUAACAUCUGUGAUCUGCACCGAUAUGGACUGAGAAUGAGCAGUUGAUUGUUCGGUCGCGGUCUACAAAAGACGGUUGACGGCAAGUAGCUAGCGAUAUCCGCUAAAAUUAUGCAACAGACCACGGGCUUUCAAAAAAGCGAUUCUCAAAUCACAAUGUAAAGGCAUGGAAACGCAGAACUGGGGGAGGAUGUAUGCCACUGCUGGCUAAAAUCUAGAUACCCGGAGAGGGACCUUACCCAGGAGAUUAAGUUUUUGCUGAGCAGCCUAGGUUUCCACUUAGAACCCCCAAGUCUUAAGUCAUUCCCACUUAAGUGCUGGAACCGCCGCAGGUAUACCUUUCGCCGAGUUAUAACUGCUGGAAAUGGGUUUUCUUUCCAAACUCCACUACGACAAGUAAAGUGUGGGGACCACGCUUGUUAGCAAUGUCGUUGAUGCUACGAAGAAAGGUGUACGGAACAUAAAACCCUGCUGUUCGAGUUUUGUAAAUUUAUCUCUUUCCGUAAUAACAGCCUGUAAUAAUUGACCCGACGAUGUCAACAUAGCGACCAACUGAAAAGCCGAAAUGGACUACCCAAAAGCUUUGCAUAGAUGCAUUUACAAGUCUAGUUCAGUUGCAUAUGGACCAAUUGGCAUUUCGAUCAUCUGAUGUAGUGUUUGAUCGAUCGGCCCUUGCUCCGACUUUGGCUAGACCCUCGUGAAUAGGGGUAUAAUUCGUUGCCGCGCCCACCAAUUUUGCAUUAUUAACAGAUCAGAGUCAGUUUGUUGAAAAUAAAUGUUACAUGUCAGUGACGCAAGUACGAAGGAGCAAUGAGUCAUACACCGACUCUUGAGGAUACCCUUUGUGGAAAUAUAGUUAUCGCGAUCUUCUCAUCCGAACGCGCACAUUUAAGGUCCAAAUAAUUACGUUAUCAGUUAGUGCCCAGCUUCGUACUUUUUCCACAAACAGCCGACAAUCUGUUAACACAUGCUCGCCAUUACAAAGCCGCUAGAUUAGGGUUUCUACCGUCAUUAGGAAGUUCGUAAGACCUGAUUUCUCUUUGAGGAAAUUGUAUUAAUUGGUUGUCUAAAGUUUAUUCUGGUCAAAUAAGGAUCAUGUGCGUUCGCGGAGGACUUUUAGCAUCAAUCGACAUGAUAACUUAGUAAAACGACUUGCACGCUUUCACCCCAAGCCGGUUAUAUGUUGUAGUCUAAAUAAACCUCGAGUAAUCAUCCUGCAUCUUGGUCAGCGUAGGAGACAAGAGACCCGAGAAAACAGGUUUUGCAUAUUAUCAUAAUUUAUGGCCACUUAGCACAUCCCGGGAAGACGAGUUGCUCGUUAGCCUAGCUGCUGACUACCCGGUGCGUUCACAGGUGGCGGAUAGUAGAACGGCCUUCAACGAAGUUUAGCUGCGAAAUAAGCAGACCCAAGUCUGACCAAUAAGCAGUCGCGGACAAGCAGGGACAGUACUACCAAGGUGUGGAGGACUGAGGUCUGGCACGCUGGUCGCCUUACAAAAAAGCCGCAAAGCCCAAUGGCGGCACUGUGACAUAGCAACCGUAAACCGCCAUUAAAUAACUUUAUUUGUCAUCGCUGCUGUGUUGUUAAGCUUUUAGGCCAAAGUGUUAAAGGAGGCAACCUCGAAAAAACAAUCCGAGCGGCUGUUUAAGACGCCUGUUUCCAAAAUUUCCAGGAAACCUCGUGAAAUAUGCUCCACUACAAUAUUACGACCCAUGCUACGGCGUCCGCGAGAACCGACCCUGUUACAGUGGUGCAGGCGAAUAGUAUGCGAGCUGGACUACCUAAAGGAGAACAUACUCGUAGUAUUGGAUGCCGGGAUGUGCGAACUUUCCAGGAUCCUGGUAUCUAAAGUCUGACUGCGCGCAGCCCUAAUCAGUACAACGUGGAUGUCUGCUGCCCGUCUGAAGUCCGACAUCCUGACUCAGGCUCUCGGGAAACCAAGAUCCCGGGAGUCGACUCACACUCCACUCUGUAUCACAGAGGCCCGCGCGAAUCUUCUGGUAGACACGGUGUGGCGAUCGUCAUCUCGCAACAGACGGACCUCGCUUUACUUGCUUGGGAACCAGUCAAUGACUGGAUGGCCUACGUGCGACCGAAGGGUCACCUCACGAACAGUUCUAUCGUCUGUAUGUACGCACCAACUUCAACUGCCGAACAUCGCGAUAACUAGGCGUUUUACUCGCAGCUGCAGUCGUUAGUUGAAAGACCCCCUCGCCGCGAUCUGGCGAUUAUUGCCAGGGUCUGGAGUGGCCGAAAUGCACUUGGCGACCCUACAAACAGUCAUCUUAUUGGUCGCUUUAGGCUUGGUUCUCGGUAUGACAAUGGCGAGAGAUUGCCAAACAUCACUGAUCAGAACAGAUUGCUUGUCACUGACACGUGCUUCCAGCAUCGCAACAAACAUCUGCUGACCUGGUAUUCAAACAAAGGUCAUACGAUCAGUCAGAUUGACUACAUUCUAGUCAGCUUAAGGUCACUCAGCUGGGUUCAUGAUAGCAGAUCGAUGCGUGGUGCCGAGACCGGUAACGCUCAUGGGUCGGAUCAUGUCCUCGUUCGUACACGCUUGAAAGUUCACUUCUCAUCCGCGUUAAAAAUGCCACGUGCCAAACACCUCGAUGUCGCAAAAAUCCAGCAACCCAGCACUGCCGAGGCUCUGAGCAGAGAAAUCCGGUCCUGUUUUUCCACCCGAGCCGACGGAGAAGGCAGUAACCAGUGGUCGUCAAUAAGUCUAUGGAGCACCCGUGAAAAUUCUUGGAUAAACCCAACGACGCCACAGUGAAUGGAUCAGUGAAAAAACCCUGCACUUGUCUGCUCAGACGGCUCGACCCAAGUCCCGUAAUGAUGAUUCCUCCCGCCUACUUCGGAAGAUGACGGAAAAGUCGGCCAGGGAUGAUCGGAAGCAAUAUUGGGCUGAAAUAGCGACCUCGACGAAGCAGGCCUCGAACUUUGGUGACACUCGAAAACUCUACCAACUUAUCCGCCAGGUUAGUGGUAAGCCCUAUGCACUGAGUGAUUCUGUUCGCGACGUGAAGGACAACUUUACUGCUGACAACUCGUCCAAGAGCAAGCGCUGGCAUGAGCACUUCGAGUGCCAUUUCAACUUCGAUACCCAAUCCACCACGCCCUUGUUCUCCCCUGCAGCGGAGUCUCCUCCCCCUCCAACCUAUGCAUUGUCAGGAGACCCCCUUGUGAAGAAGUCGCCGAUGCCAUACAAAGGCUACGCAACAACAAGGCACCGGGUAAGCACGGUAUACCCGCUGAAAUUUACAAGUCUUGUGUCGACACUCUGGCGCCCUGGCUCCAUGAGUUGACUCAACAAGCGUGGAGAGACGAGGUUUCUCCUGAUGACCGGGACUCAGGUAUCCUUGUAACUAUCCUAAAAAAGGGAGAUAAAACAAGAUGCGAGAACUACCGCGACCCAAGUCUCAUCGACUUUGUUGCGAAGAUCCUCGCCAUUUUCCUUCUUAGGCGAUUUCAGGCUGUGCGUGCCACUCGGACGAGGCCCAAUCAAGCCGGAUUUCGUGCUCGAUGUGGAUAUGCGAACCACGUAUUCACACUGAGGCGCAUUCUUAAAUUCAGCCAUAGCUACCAACGACCGACGGCCGUCUGUUUUGUUGACUUUGCUGCCGCGUUCGACUCCGUCCGUCGUGGGUCCCUGUGGUGGAUAAUGGCAUUAGAUGGUGUAUCGCCAAAAAUCCUCACCAUGGUCAAGGCCUCUUGUCGUUCCACCGGUGCGCAAGUUAUGGUCCACAACAAUCUUUCCCAACCGUUUGGUAUUCGGUCUGGCGUUUGACAGGGUUGUAUCCUGUCGCCCAUUCCGUUUAACUACGCUAUUGACCGGAUUCGCGGAAGGGCCCUACACGAAGAUGACGGUAUUGAGCUUGCACCCUGACACCGGCUGACUGAUCUCGACCAUGUCGAUGGCAUGGCCCGACCAGCUUCAGGUUUAGGUGAUCCGCAGCCUAUGGUUUCACGGGUGAACGAUGUCGCUAAAUCGGUCGGUUGGCCCAUAAAUGCUGAAAAGACCAAAUUGUUUUCAAGCUGAAUCCCGGACCAGAAGAAGGUAACACUCGACAUUGAUGGCCGUCAACUUGAGGAAAUAAACAGGUCUAAAUACGUCGGGGCGAGGCUGCUGCCGAAUGGGCAGAGUAAGGACGGAAUUGUAUCCCAAAUCGAUGCCUCCUGACGGGCUUUCUUAAACCUUAGACGAUGCCUAUGGAUCCGACGCGACACCUCCUUUGCCACUAAGAUUCGCGUGUACCGUGCAUCCGUCCGAUCUGUCCUCCAUGGUUGUGGAUGUUAGACUGUGCGCGUGGAGGACAAGCGAAAACUGGAGGCAUUUGACCACCACUGCUUGGGGACCAUCCGUCGAGUGGAGUACAUCGACUUCGCCUCAAAUGACACAGUUUGCAUUCGCUGCGACAGCAUCGCACAGAUAACCCAGGCCAUCCAAGAAAGACGACUGAGGUGGUUUUGGCAUUUUCUUCGUCGCUCACCUAGGAGCUCAGUGUUACUGCCCUCGACCCGGCACCGUUAGCCAAGUGGGAGCGUUGAAGGGGGAGUCAACCGAAAACCUGGCUUGACAGAUUUCGUCAGGAAGUGGCGGUGGUUCUUGGACCUUCGGUAUUCGAUCUUAGUUGUUGGCAGAGAGAAUGGGUUGAACUGUCCAGAUGUGCUGCCUCAGAUCGUCACACGUGGAGAGGUACAGUUCGGGACACCGUCGAGGCCAGCUAGGCCAGGUAUGAUCGCAGCCGCACCGCGAACAAGUAACUACGCCCUUAUCUGUUGGUCGCUUUGUCGUGACUGCAACCUUGUCUUAGAAGAACUCAUUUUGAAUACAACGCGUUAACUGCAUCAUGUCGACCACUCUCAUUCCUCUGCAUGAUGAUCUACUUAAACCUCUGUGUUCAGAUUUUACGAUACAUUGCACGAACAUUGUCGACUUGGUUAAUGGAUUUCCAUUGCAAAAAAGUAGUCUAUAGUCUGUUGAUUUGUCACUGCCAAGUCUGGUGAAGAUUGCUACCUUACCUAUAGCGCGUCCCUCCUAAGUUUCCUAGAAAGUUUUCGAAAGCCUCGAAGGUCAUUACCGGAAAUCUUCGAACCCAAUCAGUAUUCUGCGUUUUACGGUUCCGUGAUAACUGACCUCUGCUGCAGAUCUGGUGUUUUCCAAGCGCUGCCUACGCCUGCGUGUCUACUUUUGAGCUAGGUGAGGCCUACCGGAGGAAUUGCGGUAAUCCCCCUCGCGUAGGCUGUUUCUUCUCAAUCCGUUUCCGUCUUCCGCAGCUUUUCUGAGCGGAUGCUAUGCUGUCUCAAGAAAUGUCUCCCGCGAACGGUAGCGACCAUACUAAGGCCUUUUUAAACUCUUGCAGCUUCUGUUAGCUCAACAGUAAAUACGCAAGUGUAGGUAUCCCUAAAAACACAUGAGUUGCGAGAAAUGUCAUCUUGGGGUAAAUCACACGUGGUUGUUACCACGGAAACGUGGAUCUCAGGAUGCUGUUUGCGCUCGGAGAUUCCCAGCAAUGGCUUUUCGAAUGUCCGAAAAAUACUUUUGGUACUCGCAACGCACGGUUUUAUCCCUCCACUCUUGCAUAGACAUCGGUCAAAGCGGGUCUCUUCUCAUAAACAGCAUCGCCUCUCUGCAGCAUAAUAGGAAAGUGAAUUAUAUGUUGCAUACAGUAAUGUGGUUUUCUAUAGUUUAUUAAUCCUUGCCUGAAAGGUGUCCGGCCUGUUGUUACAAGACACUGGAGUGAGAGGUUUUACUAACUAAUAUAGUCAUUUCUGAUAUGGGUGACUGCUCGCUUCUCCAAGUCGCCAAUUUCCCAUAUGGUCCCGUUGUACAUGUGAUCCCGCAGUGUUAAUACCUCCUGGACCUGUCAUUUUUCAAAUUCCUUAAACUUAGCCACAUAAAUGCUCACAUCCAACGAUACCAAUACCGACCGUUUACGCAGAGAAUAAAGGCCAUUAUGUCCCGUAAUCAAAAAGACCUCUCGUCAGAGACGAAAAUAAUCUCCUUCGUAUGCAGACCUGAAAAAAAGUUUUCUAGACCUUCACAAAUAUAAACACUUGAUGAACUAAACAGGAAGGGCUGCAAUAUUUGAGAAGACUGUCACAUGUUGAAGUGUGAACCUCCCUAUAACCCUGGGAGUCGAGGUUUUACUUGGCUGGCUGUCAAAUAUGGUGCGUUUGCAAAUCAGGAGCUCCAGUAUGUUCCACGUCUUCACGCUUUUCUGCCGUGGUGGAUUUGUGUAACUGCAUGCCUCAUAGGCCCCGCCAUUAUUUAAAUUACCAAACAGUGAUCCGAAUAUGAUUUACAGUCAAUUUUUACUGCCUUCCAACCAUCUAACCAAUACGAUUCUGUUGCUCUUUUAGUUUAUUGCCUACGAAGACCGAAUUAGGGCGUAUUCGACGCCGGACAAGAUAUUUCGCUACUUCGCCACCCUGAAGUGCAUCGAGGAGGAUGGAACAGGAGAGAUCUACAUGACACCUGAUGACUUCUUACGUGCAAUCACUCCCGGUAUGAAACAACCAGAGGGACUGGAACUUGAUGCAUUCAAACGCUUUGAUCCCAAGGUACGUUUCGUCCAGUCACUCGUGUGUAUGCUGUCGUGGCUACCUCCAACUCCAUAAUCACUGUCACAAACCCUGUGACGACGUCAGCGAUGGCUAGCACCUCUCCCACUUUCACCAACACUGAGACACUGCCGACGCCCUGUCAGCCAUCACGCCUAGGCGUUGGCCCACGCGGCGCCACCACCUGCGCCCAAUCUUGUUUGCGGUCUUUGUAACUCUAUCUCGACACGGGGCGAGGAGGGUGGAGGAAGAGAGAGUGCAGUUGGUGUCGCCCAAGUCUACAAUCACUACAAACGGCUUCGCGCGCAAGUCUCCGUCAGUGCGCCCACCCUAGUUUGGGACUUGCGGUUGUCGUCGUCGGAAACGACUCUCCAGCUGCCACUCUGGCCAGCAUGCUUGAUUCCCAUCAACGACUUAUAUCGUAUUGUUAACAAUUAAAGAACAGUGGUAGACGGCAUUGGGAUUUAAACGCACGCGAGCAUUUAAUAGAUAGGGACAAUUGCUGUCAACCUCACCCACUGAGUCCUCCAAAUCAAAAAUGCAACAUGAAGUUCGCUCGUUUAGCUCUCUGCCAAAAACUGGGCAUUCACUUCGUGGGUGAAUGCUGCAUGGAAAGACAGAAGGAUGGGCGUACGCGGGCGCAGUGACUGGCAAGUCUAACCGACUCCUGUGCACAUCUUGCAUCCGACCCGGAUUUCAGGGCAAUGAAGUCCGGUAUCUCGCAUAAGCGAGUGUCAUAAGGCUUGAGCAGAAGAGGAGCCGUUGCACUCUUGUUCAAAAGCAGGCAGAGUUAUCCCGUUAUCUGGUAGCCUUCUCAACAAUGACGGUUGACUCAUGAUAGUUUCGAACGCCCUUUACGGCAGUUGACGUAUCUAAGGCAGUGGUAUUCGAAAUUUUGGAAGAAGUGUUUUCGAUUACAAACGAUUGCUUAAAUGAAAUUGUAAUAUCGAUUAUUGUGCAGCAUACUUCCAGAAGAUUUCAGUCACGUAAUGAUUCCGACUUCUGAAUGCGCCUCUUUCCGGCUGCUUGCAAAAAUACCACUCGCUACAAAGUGUCUACUUAAGCAUAAUGAAUUUUAUCCAGUGACUUCGGUGCCCUGUGAAUUCGAAUGUAUCUUUUAGAGAACAUGCACAAAAUAUCCAUUUUUUUACUCAGUAGGUAACAAAUUACGUCUUUUUUAAAAUUUGUAUUUUAAAGAAUGGAUUUCUUACAGUUUAAAAAUAAGGUUGUAAUUAUGAGAUUUUCCAAGACCAUGGAGUGCCCAUUUAAAUAAGGACUCAUGCAGACUCGACGCAACCCGACUCACAUAUUUCGUGAAUCUUUGUGCGGUAGUGAAACCGUGUAUAUUGAUCAGACGAAAGUAUUUAGCAAAGAGAAUGGUCUAGCCAUUCAAACAUGCAAACCAGAGUUCGUGGAAGUCAAAAAACAACCACUUGGAGUUCGUCCAUAUUGAGCAAUGUUAAGCACACCAAACUGCAAUGGAAUACACAAACUCCGAAUCACCAGUACGAGCUUUAUACAGUUGGAGGCCGUGUCACUGAUAGUUUUUUGAAGACGUGGCACAUCUUUUCACGAUGUUCGGGUCCUCACUUCCUUCAGUUUUCUGCAACCUUGUGCAUUCCGAACAUGAAUUCUCCAGUAGUUAUAUGCCCCUCAGAAUUCCAUACAUUCUCGAAGCGUUCCUCUCACCGACAUUGUCUGCGGGCACAGAUUAAAUUUGAGGGCAUAGAACCAGGGUUAUCUUUUCGAGUAAACCCCGACAUCGUUGAAGGCUGUUGGCAUCCCGCCACGACCUCCCUUUAUUUGUGUUUUUACUCUCGUACAUCUGAGCAUGAGGGCCUUAAGAUAGGUCAGAAUGCAUUUAUACCUGAUCUUCAGCCUGUCUAGAUUACAAUUACGAAGCGUUCGGACGAAAGCCAGACCAGUGCUUCACAAGAUAACAUUUGGGGGACGAAGCUUUUGAUAGGCGAAAACUCCUCGGUGAAUUCGUCCCACAGAGACGUUUUAACUUUUGACCUGUGCAACAAGAUACGGUGCACUUCGUGUCACUAUCCAUCGUCUCUGAUAUACUUUGGCCGUUUUCGUGAUAACUGCCCUUUUUACCUGAACUGCAAAAGUCACAGACUCUCUCAUUUAAGAACGAUUAAUUCACCUUUAAUCUCCGGAAUUGCUCGUGACUGCAGAAGUCACAGUCUUCGCAAGUUUUUGUAUAAAACCAUUACGAAGUUGUAAUGGUGCACGUUUUCGUUUAUCUUUGAAUCUACUUCCUUAAUACUACACUGGGAGACUCAACAUUCUAUGGGUUGAUGGGGUUUUGUAGGUCGCCACACACAAGCCUUAGUCCAUAGAAGCUUUCUAACAAACAUAUAUUAUAAACCUCCAAAAAACCGUUCCAUAGUUGUCUGGCGUUGUGUAGACACCACCUUUGCCAUUCUCAAAAAACAAUUUUACGUAUUUCUAGGUUUCAUGAAUUCGGUCUAUAAGUACAUGCAGUUCACAACAGAAUCCGAAUUAAAUAGAAGUGAACUGUCAUUCUUCGGUGCAAGACUUAUUAAAUGAGAACAAGACUUCUUCAAAGAGCAACUGGCUGACAACAGCUCACCAAUAAACUGAUCCGCAGUAGUUAAAGGGAGGACUCUAAAGCGGCAAACAAUCCAACCAGCGAGUGUCUGUUCUAUAUUUUAGUAUCCAUUGUACCAAACAGGAGCCUGAAUUCGGGGCUUCUAACACCAUCAGAAACAGAUGGAAAUGUCAAAGCUCCAUCGAAAGAUAAGCAGAGGGGCAAUCUUAUCUGUGAGUUAGCCUAGCUUGUAUGUAGCAGUCAGCAUCGGACAGGCUGCUCGCAACCUAAAGACGCACAUCGACGAGCACAAAGGUUGUCUCAGAAGAUGCCGAUUACUAGGGGUAAGCAGCCUAAGGUGAUUGCAUCCCCUGAAAGCGUGGCUCACAUCGGGAUCACACAGUAGAAUGCGGACUUCAAACAUUCCCAUGUUUUUUUACAAGGAUGGGACCUCCUCCUGAGACGAAUGCUCGCCGAGCAAAUCUUCAUUGCCACAGGAAAGGUUUGCUGUAAAGGGCUGCUCUACACCCGGCCGGCAAUAUGUGAACUAACAAGUAGCCCACACUUGUUCCUAUUUUGAUUUUUUAAGGUUUGGAACGUUUUUUAGUCGACUUUCCUCUUGGUUUCUCGCUCCUACCUUACUAAACUUAUGCAGUAACCGAUGAGUGUUUGCAUUUCCAAUCACCUGUGCCGAUGAAUCCGGCGGUUCCUCCCUUUGUUGACCGUGACUCAGCCAAAUUAGUUAACUGACCUGACUGCACUAACCAAAAACCUGCUCCCCUUGUGGUUUCACAACACCUUUCAAUAAGCCUUUCUUGGUUCACUUUUUACACACAUUCAGUGGUGUUCACCCUCUCUCCUUGCCAGCAGCGUUUGCUCGGCGACCUCCCUGACAGUUUAUUUGUGUAAUUUCAGCACGACAAACUGAAUCUUUCAAUUCCUAAGGAUUCCAUCUUCUAUUGCCUCGACGAGAACGCACUGAUAUCUUUCACUGACUUCGUUUUCCUCCUAACCGUUAUAUCAAGUGAGUACGUUCUGCAGAUUUCGCCAACUAUCCUUACUUUCUCAAUAUUCGGAAACCCAUAGAUCGCUUCAUUAUGGGUUUCUAAGUUCUCGAUGCACAAGUUGACCCCCGCAGAUCUACCUGAUUCCCUCAGGAAUUCCCGUUGUCGUCUAGCCGCUUGCACUCCAAACCACCUAAAUCGUGGCCGUGGACCGUGACAUAAUAGAAGCCUUGAAGAGGGCCGGAGUAAACUUGGUCCUUUGUCAGGUGAUACAGACCAGUUACCACUCCAGUUCAAAUAAGACGUACGUUGCGUAGCCUGCCCUCGUGCCGUUGCUAGACAUCUCUUCCUUGGACCAGGACUUCAACUCCCCUACACCAAGCUAUUCAGGAGAGUACCCUAGCCGCCGCAAGCCACAACGAUCUCCGUGCGAAGUGUCUAUGGGAAAACGAGGAAGCACUUGUAAGGGAUGCUGAUAAACCGUUCUUGAGCAAGUACGCCUUAGCCUAUUACGUAGUGGCCACCGUCCAGACCUCUCCGAACGAUAAAAGAAUAUAGGUGUCCUUGAUGGUGCCUGCUGAAAGUCCCGCAUUGGGAUUGAGCCCACUGAACGCCUACCGAUGGAAUACCUUCCAUCGCGUCCGGAAUCUAGAUUAGAACGUGUAUCACGACUUCCAACCCCGGGAUGACGCUGAUCAUUGAGGAACAACAAUAAAGCCUGAGUAGUAGUGUUCAGUCAACUGACUCGGUUAGAUUUCGGAAUUUUUUCGGUCUUAUCAGCCCUAAUGACUGCAGUCGGUUAACUGCCCAUUGAAAAUAGAUGCAAAAUCGCACAGAACGGGUCUGUAAGCUGGCCGUUUCGAGCGGACACAUGUACAUUUGCGAAGUCCAACCGCGAGAACCCUCUAGACUUGGUUACUAAGAGCCGACGUCAAAAGUAACUGAAUUAUUGCUACAAGAGCAGAUUGAUUUCUCGCCAAAAGGUGCUAAAUCCAGAGAAACCCGACUGCAAUUAUCUAAAUCACUCAGUAUGGUUAUUCGUGUCUGAAUGGUUGGUAGGCAGUUGAAGGAACAUAGUAUCCUCCUACUAAGAAGUAUAUCAGGAGCGUUUGACCUUAACGUGCGGUGAAAUUUACAGUUUGGCCUCAAGAGGCGAGCAAUUCAUUAACGACAGUUCUUAACAAAUCCAUAUCUGUUCUAAAGAAACCUCUUCUAUUUCCGACUUCCAGCUUAAAAUCGACAACUUCAUGACGAGGAUUACCCUGCGGUAUCCGACAUUCCCUUACCACUACUAUCAUUUAUUCACCGGUCCUUUCCUCAACUUUUCGAUUCUUCGCGUGGCAGAUUUCAUGUUCCUUUUCACAUUGACCGAGCGAUUUGAUUCGCGUGCCUUAUCUGUUUGCUAGAAGUUGAGGCAAGACACGGUAACAGGAACCAUUCUCCCUAUUACGUGGGCCCUGCGCUAAUUUUCUUGGAGAUUAGGGUUAUGGUUAAAUCUAGGGCAAGGGUUAGCACAUGAGAAUAUUUAUCCUUCCAAGAGUUCUGCACAAGGCCGCCUGCAUUAGGAGGGGGCUCCUACUCCCGUGUCUUACCGACGUUUAUAUUAACAGUCCGUGUUUUGGAAUGGUCUUUUUUAUUUCUGCUGACAACCUUUAUUGUUUGUUCCUUCCUACUUUUUUCUCCAGCGCCACCGCGUCAGUUCGAAAUCGCCUUCCGCAUGUUCGACAUCAACGGCGACGGGGAAUUGGAUGCCAACGAGUUUAAUGUUGUGAGUUCUUCCGGUUAAACACUUUCCCGAAACUUCUCCAAAAGGAGUGAGGCCUGUUUCUCUUUGGAAUGGUCAUUGCUAGAAGGUCAAGGCGCCGGCAGACUUGCACAGCCGGAAAUUACCUUAACGAUGCUGAACUUGAGCUCUAACGUCCUGCCUUAUUAAUCUGCGGGGUACUUAGAUGCUUAAACUGUAACCCCAGCAUUGGAUUACUAACUUCCUGUCUCAUUUUCGAGUACUAUUUAAACCGGUGCUCCGGCCAGAAUUCCCAAACUUGUUCUAUGUUACUUUCCAUAUUGAACCCACUCAGCAGCCCCUUCCGUCGAAAAAACUUCCAGUGACCAUCCAAUUCGCGUCAAAACCUUCGACGCAUCUGUUUCAGGCUAUGCGCUGGGCUCGUCCCUCUGCCUUUUCGACAGCAUUAGCCAAAUCAUUUUCAUAUCCUUGAAUGCGAGACCGCACGUGAUAACUUAGAAACAUGCUUUUGCAUUUUUAUAAUCAGCAAUAUCAUCCACGUCACACCAUUGCCAUAAUAAUCAGCGUCAACGUCUACUAAUAGCAGUUCAGGACCAUAUCUCAGUUCAUGACCGUGCUUUCUGGUAUGACAGAGCUCUACAUUCUCGCUCUGAUAGGACCCGACAUAGCGAGAUACUUAAAAAUGUACUGUUGGAGACAGUCAAAAUCUGCACCCCUGAAAUUCCUAUUUACCGACUUAUGCAACAACAUGUCAUGUGUAGUUUAUGAAUCCUGGAUUUGUCUCCUGGGCAAAUAGCCGAGUCAAACCUCUACAGUGUUUAUGGUUCCACGCUGGUUAAGUCAGUGAUUCAGAUUUUUUAGCUUUUGAAUCUCAGUUCCCCUCCCCAUACACUAAUUGACGUCGGCCUGACUGCGGGUCUUGACUACGAAUAUUUUCGCCCCAAUGUUUAACAAUAUAUUACGGGCGUAGCUUUUCCCCGGCUGUUUGACUAUUCUUCCGAGCAUGUCAUAAACCGUAUCGGCUCGUUGUGUGCAUCCGUGCGAGUCCUUUCAUUUGAGUGGCGAUUCGAGUCUAAAAUCAAAUACGUGAAAGUCCUUGACGGAAAUGCAGCUUGGACUGGCGGUUUAUUCCCUUGCAUCUAUUUAAUAUGCGCUGCAGGUUUUAAAACAACUUCUUCUCCUACGAACUAAACGCCAAUUAUCAGAUUGCAGCAUGCAAAAUACGUCAUUUCACUUGUUUCUGAGCAUCCUACACUCUCCGUAGGCACUUAAUCGUCCAUCUGUCUAGCUAAGAAUUGGAUGUUGCCAACGGCAUUGUCUAACUAUGUGUCAAGGCAGUAACACACUUCUCACCUUUAAUCAUGAAGCGUAUUUCUGAAAUAGAGAUUCGGGAUAAGAACACUUGUUUGCGAACGAAAAACCGACUUAAAGAGGUAGACAGCGGUAGUACCGAGGUAGGCAUCUAGGACUCAUUUUACCUCGAGGAUCGCUUGUCAUGGUAAGGCCAACACGCGAUGAGGUUCAAUGUAAAAUAUGGUCAACGCGCCGAGGGCAUUUCAUGGCAUCAGGCUGGAUGCAGUGAAGUGGCCUACCCCACUACCCCCAGGGCUUCCGCCCAUGUCCCGCUCCUCGAAUUCCUCCAAGACGUGCACUCGUUCUUGGCAACUUACACUAUUCCUUUCCAUUUACUCAUCACUGCCGGACUAAAUGCGUGUGCCUUUUCGAAGGUUCGGACGGUAAUCCUGGAAACUACUGCUGUGGGCAAGCGUCAUCGUGACCACACGACCACCGGAAGCACACUGAAACCAGUGAGCCGUAGUGCUCUGCACAACUACUUCUUCGGAAAGGAUGGCAACGAGAAACUGACUAUCGCCAAGUUUAUCGACUUCCAGGCUCGUUUGCAACAGGAAAUCACACGUUUGGAGGUUAGCCUUUUUGCACCUAUCCCCUGCUUAUAUGAGUUACAUAGUUCAUAAGGUGUUAUGCCUGCUUGGGAUGUUCCUCUCUCAUUGUCAACCCUGGACUUCAGCUUUCUUCGACAUCUUAUUGGCAAGAAGCCAUGUUUAGCCAGACCCGCUUUGAUAGUCCUCUAUCUGAUCUGUUAGGGUUAGGUUUAACGUUGGGUUUAAUUUUACGUUUAAGGUGCAGGUUGAGAUUAUGUUCAGGGUUAGGGUUAGGAUAUGGGAAUAGGUACCCCUUCUGGAACUUAGCAUAAGGCCAUCUGUAUUACAAGUAUCCAUAUUCCCGCGUCCUACCCUCCCUUCAAUUUAAAGCUCGCUGACUCUUCGCAAACGUCUGUAACCAGUGGAAGUGUAUGUAUCACUUCAGUACCUUUCCUUUCGGUGGGAUUGCUCUAGCUGGCUGGAAAAAUUUGUCAACACGCCACACUGUUCGCCACCGACGUACAUUUGCCGUGCGUUUGGUCGGUCGGGACAGAAAUCUGGGAGGAAUGGUCAGAUUGCCGACAGCCCAGACGUCUGGAAACCGUAAAAUGACCUAAAAAGCCCUUCGGUGCCUAUCUUAAGUCGAUCGUCAGCCAGCAUUUAUUGCCUCUGUAGUUGUCUUGUCUAAUAGAGCUUGUCCAGCAUAACGUCAAAAGCUUAAUUUUUUGAAGUCCUCAUCCCAUUAUUGUAUUCCUCGCUAUUUUCAAGGAACUUUUUUCUCUGACAUUGAUAGUUUGAACGUCUCAAUCCCCAGAAUGGCUUAAUUUCGGAGCGUGCUUUUGCCAAAUCUCUACUGACUUAUGCAGGCUUUUCGGAAAACAGAAGAAGACUUAUGCUUCGUCGGGUAAAGCAAAAGUUUGAUACGGAUGAGGACGAUGAUAAUGAUGAUGACGAGGAGAAGCAGGCUAGCAAAGGGAAAGAAAAAGAACUUACGGUAAGCUUUUGCAUCUGCGCUCACACUCAGUUAAAUUAACGGAAAGGAUAGCGUGUGUGGCCCAUCCACACUUUAUUCCCGGGACAUGCGUAUUUAUUUAAUUUGCGUAGGUAUGUCAUGUUGCGGCCACUGCUAGGGCUAAGAUUAGAGUUAAAUUAAUGGGUAGGGUUAGGGCUAAGUUAAUGAUUAAGGUUAAUUUUAUGUUUGCCUGCCGCAUACCGUCCCACACAAUCCGGCCAUCAUCAAUCAAUGGCCGCGGAAGACCUGUUUUCCUGCUCUUAAUUCGCACCUUUCAAACUGCGCGGUCUGUUCCGGCACCUAUUUGGAGCAUCAAAGCAAUUGUGCGGCAGAAAUGCGAGUCUUCUCAAUGCCUCCCGUAGAUUCCGUUUGUUACCACCUCUAUCUGUUUGAAUCCACAGACAUAUUAGCUUCCUUCCCAUAUUACAGGAGUUUAUAUGCUCCACUUUUCAGGUGUGGUGACAUACCCAAAGGUCUGAGAGCGUGCGCUAUGCCAGUAUCAGCAACCCAUGGCCCUCGCAGCCUGGUAUGUGCUGGCAGUUUCUGACACUCGGUUCUCUGCCGGUAGAUGCGCUUGCGCUCCUGCUGGGUAUACAGAUGGUGGGCAUGGCUGCCCAGUCAUCAUCCUCAUCCUUAUGACCCCUGUUGGGGUCAUUUUCCGUGUGGACCUGAGGGUGUGGAGUGGUGCGAUAAGGUGCGGGCUUGACUGUGCCAUCGACCCGCGCCCUCCCCCUCCUCCGGUCUUCUUGACUCUCUCGUGAUGCCGGGUCCAAGUGGGGAUUGGGGAAGAGAGUGCUGCAGAUGUUGCACAAGUCUACUAUCACUAUAAACUAAUUCACGCGCAAGUCAUCGUGCCUGCUGCACCUUGUUAUGGAGCACUCGGUGGACAUCGUCGGAAACGACGGCCGAACUGUGGUGGUGACAUACGCUGUCGUUGCCAAAUUAGCUGUCCAGGCCACACUGCGUGGCUUAGAGCCGUCUGGGGUGAACCAAAUGAAUCAUCCCCUCUGCACCAAACUUACAAAACAUCUGACGUCCUUGUUUGACUGACUGGGCUUUUUAGAACUUUUGGAUUUCGAACAGACUAUUUGGGCUUCAAGAGUCAUUAUAGGGAAAAUGGAAUCGUCAAGAGAGACAUCUUCUCCGCAACUAAGUCAUAUUUCAGUUUCCCAAUGUUUGGCAUUCUUCGUCACAGGUUUCUACCAAUCACGAUACUCGCCUUUUCUCCGUUGAGCACAAAGAGUCUUUUUGCUCUCCUGAAUGCUUUUAUCGGACGUAGUGGAAGUUGUCCGCAUACCCCUCGUGCGCAGCCAACAAUACACCUGAACUCCUAUCCUCUCUUUAUUCCUAGGGAAUCAGCUUCAAGGAUUUCCUUGACUUUAGUCGACUUCUUCGCUCUAUUUCCGAUCUGGAUACCGCACUGACUUUCCACACCCUGGCCGGCGCUGCCAUCGAUUCGGACACAUUCCUGCACAUGGCCAAAGUCGUCGCGAAUGUGCAUCUCAGGCCGCACGUUGUUGAUGUCGUCUUCACCCUUUUCGACGAAAACGGUACCUACCCUUCAUUAUCACCAAAUAUAAUUCUAUUUUUUUAAUAUUUUCCCUGAUAUUGGUGCAUCCAGGUACUCUGAGGCUCCACAUUGGGACGCUGUCGCAAUAAAAAACCAAGACCUGCCUGCUAGCUCCUAAGAUUAAAGACGUGCAUAAAAUUAACAUUUUCAUGAACACCUGCGGCACCCUUUUGCUAGUUUGACUGUGAACUACCCGGUGCUUCCACUGGUGUCGUUUCACCAGUGGCCAUCAGCGAAGACUGACUUUGAAAUAAGGGGUUUUUGGGGCAUGACGGUGAAGUAGUUGCGGACCAUGUAACAGUGUCUGAGCAGCGAAUUAGAAAAUUGGCUACCUACAAGCCAUAGCGUAUUACAACAUUGUCAUUGUUACCUACUAUCCACCAGGACUUAACCCGCCGUCUGACUCGACCCCGACAUCCUAAAGUAGUGUGCCUGAGGAAUGGAUGACGACGUCCACCUUCGAACCCGGGAUGUACAGGAUGCCAUCCAGUAAGCCAAGGCUUUACUGGAGUUUGGAAAUUCUGAAGGACUGUAAUUCGCGCACCCCGGUUAGACUUGUCGAAGGGCCAAUGGCGCCGAGAAAACAAAUGUCGGCCAGGGCACUAAUACUUUCAUCAGUUUUCUGCCAGAAUAACAUGCCAAGGAAUUUCGAUACAUUAGAAUGCGAGCUCGCCUUUUCGGAAGGAAUGUAUUCAGUGCAACAAGCCCCUUCUUGGUUUGAAUUUGAAAAAAUUGAUUUCAAAGACACUUACGCCCAGGUGAUAUUUUAAAUAACUGAUGAGCACUUUGCACCGGAGUUUUUGACCUCAAUUUGUUAAAUAUACUUGUAAAGACCGGGAAAACAGCAUUUUUCCUAUUAAUUUCACUUUUGAGAGUAGGUUUGCGGUCCCAAAUUCAAUUUCUUGGAUGGCCUUUCUACAUUCGCAAUCUUACGCAGUGAUUCCCCAUAAUAGAUCGCUUCUAACCACGAGCAAACCAUGUGCAUACUGCUUCCCUACGUGAUCAGUAGUGAAGUCUAAAUGUGCUAGAUAUGAUCAAAACGUAUUUUAACUUUCGAAACGCCUGGAGUACAUUGUGAAAAUGUGAGACGCACUUUGAAAAGCCUUCAUUAACGCCUGUCAGACAUGAAGUCUGAGAAGAUGGUCCCAAGUUCUGUUCUGGCGUUUAUGAAGGGGCGCCAAAGUUCUCGACACAGUCAUUUUAAACCCUAUUUUUACAAAUUCCCUCGGCAAGGAAGCAUUUUACGAUCUAGCAUACUGCUGGGAAUUUGCACACCUGAGACGAACUCCAUCAAGUAGGUCGGAUUGCUUUGGAGAAGCUGAUCAUUUGUGUCAAUUUUGCUUAAAAGACUUGGAGAAAAACUAUCGCUGCUUUUCUCACCUUCAGAAAGCACGCUUCUGUCAUUUGGCAUAUUGAACUAACUAGUAUUUGGGCCAGUUAGAAAACAGCUACCUUUUAUUUGGACACAUCCAAAAUAAAUGAAAUUAACAGAGGACUGCUUUCUGUGCGGAUUUUAUAUACUGACAAAUCGGUUACCUGUAAGCCACGAUUAAUGUGCUAUUUCGUCAUACGCAUUUCCUUUGAAUUCCUGUUUUGUAUCAAGGUUACUGGUCCUCAUAUGCCUGACUCGAAUUCUCUUUCGGUUUGCAGGUGAUGGCCAGCUCAGUUACAAGGAAUUUGUACAAGUCAUGAAGAAUCGACUGCUCAGGGGUCUGGACAAACCGAUGGAUACAGGAUUUGUGCGCCUUCUUAGUGCAUUGCUAUACUGUACAAAGCAAGAAAUAAAACACAGACUUGAAUAG